CUGAGCUCAGUGGACUUUUCAAUCAGAAGCCGGAGGUUUCCAGAAGAAAGAGACCGUCAAACAACGGAGAUGAAAAUCCACCACGUUGCUUGCUUGGAGGACAACUACGCAUACCUAAUCAUUGACGAGAGUACCAAAGAAGCUGCAGCUGUGGAUCCAGUUGAGCCUGAAAAGGUUCUUAAAGCAGCUCAAGAACAUGGGGUUGAUAUCAAGUUCGUCCUCACCACUCACCACCACUGGGAUCACGCUGGUGGAAAUGAGAAGAUAAAGCAGCUGGUGCCGAGGAUUAAGGUAUAUGGUGGUUCUAUUGAUAAUGUAAAGGGCUGCACUGAUAAGGUGGACAAUGGUGAUAAGAUUUCGCUCGGGGCUGAUGUUCAUAUAUUGUCUCUUCACACACCUUGCCACACUAAAGGUCACAUAAGCUAUUAUGUGACUAGCAAAGAGGGAGAUGACCCAGCUGUUUUUACUGGAGACACACUGUUUAUUGCGGGUUGUGGUAAAUUUUUCGAAGGAACAGCAGAACAGAUGCAUCAGUCGCUAUGCGUGACUUUGGGUUCAUUGCCAAAGCCAACACGAGUUUACUGUGGCCAUGAGUACACAGUGAAGAACUUGCAAUUUGCUCUGACAGUUGAACCAGACAAUGAGAAAAUAAAGCAGAAGUUAUCAUGGGCGCAGAAGCAGCGGGAAGCAGGCCUCCCGACAGUUCCUUCAACCAUUGAGGAAGAGAUGGAGACGAACCCUUUUAUGCGGGCUGAUCUACCAGAGCUUCAGGAGAGGGUUGGUUGCAAAACUGCCGUUGAAGCUCUGCGUGAAAUAAGGCAGAGGAAGGACAACUGGAGGGGCUAACUUGAUGGCUUUAACAUAUUGCCGUUCGUGCCAUCUUUGUUUCUGUUUUUCCUUCCAAUAGGUUGCAGAAUUUUGUGUAAGAGAGACAAAGCCUUCUGUUCUUGUUGCUUGUUGGUUGGGCCAGGAAUGUUUCAAACAUAUGUCCAUGUGCUUGGCGAAUACAGUUCGUGUGAUGUGUAUUGCCUUUAAUUUUUGUUGAUUUUGGACAACCGACCACUUGAGAGGCCACCCAAGCCAACUUAAUUAAAGCAAUUUCAAUGGGUUGCUCCUUGUGCAUAAUGAGGAGCCUUUUCUUCUCUUACAA